GGAGCCGCCGCCUGCCUCUGCGGGGGCCGCCCGGCGGCUGCCCGGCCCGCUGCCCGCCCCCGGCGGGGCGGUGGUUUGUCCAGGAAGCGCCGCCGCCGGUUCCUCCUCCGCCCCGAUCCGCUGCGGCAGCCGCUGAGUAUCCAACAGCCAACAUGUCUAGCAAAAAAGCAAAGACGAAGACCACCAAGAAGCGCCCUCAGCGCGCCACUUCCAAUGUAUUUGCGAUGUUUGAUCAGUCGCAGAUUCAGGAAUUCAAGGAGGCCUUCAACAUGAUUGAUCAGAACAGGGAUGGCUUCAUUGACAAGGAGGACCUGCAUGACAUGCUUGCUUCCCUUGGAAAGAAUCCAACGGACGAAUACCUAGAUGCCAUGAUGAAUGAGGCUCCGGGACCCAUAAAUUUCACAAUGUUCCUCACAAUGUUUGGUGAGAAGUUAAACGGCACCGAUCCGGAAGAUGUAAUCAGGAAUGCUUUUGCUUGCUUUGACGAAGAAGCAACAGGGUUUAUUCAAGAGGACUACCUGCGAGAGCUGCUGACGACAAUGGGAGACAGGUUCACAGACGAGGAGGUAGAUGAGCUCUACAGAGAGGCACCGAUCGACAAGAAGGGGAAUUUCAACUACAUUGAGUUCACACGCAUCCUUAAACACGGAGCAAAAGACAAGGAUGACUGAGCAAAUCCCUGGAUGCCUGCAGAUAGUGCUUUUUUCCUCUUCCUCUGGAUCUGCUUUUUUUCCUCUUUUCUUGUUGGGACCUUUUGCAUACAUUUUUAGUAUUUCAGCUUUUGCCUCUGCGUACUCUGGGGCUGCUCAGGCACACCUGCACCUUGGCAGUAAGACUGGAAAUGGGCAGGGAGAAAGGAAAGCUUAGAGUGGCAGAGGCUUAGGAACAGAGAUCGGUGAUUUGGGAGGCACAAGUAAAAAUGUCAGUGUUACUCAUCCUAGCUAGAUUUUUGCAGUUUAUGAUAAUUUUUUUCAAAUAAAACACUGCUAUGUUAAGUAUGUCAUUAAACAUUUUCAUGCUAGAAGUGGACUGUUUAUCUAAUCAUAUCUGUAAAUAUUUUUGCAGCUGUAUACAGCCAUGUUAUCUAUUUUUGCCUUAAAAAUGAGUCAUAAGUCACUUAAGCAUAGUGAUUUGGUACUUCAGUGACCGAGUACUUCAAUUCUCAGUGACUGAGUACUUCACUUCCUACUGUGAGCAUACAUGAUGAAGAAAUUCCCAUCCUUCAAAUUUUAGUACAUUGUAAAUUAAUGAUGUUUAUCUUAGACUUGCACAUUAACAUGUUAAAAUCCUAUGGGUGUGAUUGAGGAGGUUUUUUACCAUCUUAACUCCUCCAUUUCUUGACACUGAGUACAACAUUAAUACUGCUUUUUAACCUUACAUGGUUAAUUCUAGUGCUUUCUUUAAAAUAAUAAUAAUAAUAAAAAAUCUGUGUAUGA